AUGGUACGGUCCAAAAUGGCGGCCUCCGUGUUGAAGCGGUGUGUAACUGCAGCCGUCAAAGUUAAAGCUUUAUCGCCUUCUUUUACAGCGAGACGAUGGUUGCUAUCAGCAGCUUACACGGACACCAAGCUGUGGGAGGAAAGCGAGAAGGACCCCCAGAACCUGGCUUUGCUGGCCAACCUAAUGGACAGAACGUACGACCGAAACUUGCCGGUCAGCUCUCUGACCAUCUCACGGUUUGUUGACAACAUAUCGUCUAGAGAGGAAGUUAAUCAGGCAGAGUACUACCUGUACAAGUUUCGCCACAGUCCAAAUUGUUGGUACUUGCGAGAUUGGACUGUUCACACCUGGAUCAGACAGUGUCUGAAAUACGGAGCCAGAGAUAAAGCCCUGCACACUCUCAAAAACAAGACCCAGUAUGGAAUAUUUCCAGAUGACUUCACCUUUAACCUCCUGCUGAAUUCCUACAUUAAGGAUGGAGACUUUAAAAGUGCAUGCUCUGUGGUGGAAGAGUUGAUGCUCCAAGAGGCCUUUGACCUUCCCUCCACACAGAUCCUGUCUCUGAAUGCUCUGGGAAGUUUUCUUGCAACCAAACCUCAACUCUCUGUGUCAGAGGAGCGAGCUUUGGGGGCGUCGCUCCUCAUCUGUGGUCUAAAGCAAGACAACACUGUCGGCUUUAGUGCACAGCUGCUUGGCAAUGCUCUCCUUGGCAAGGUGGAGAUGUUAAAGGGCAUACACGGCGUAUUUAAAGGCAUGCCUCUGUCGUGGGUUAGAGGGUAUCUGGGACGAGCGCUGGCUGUAAUGGAGAGAGUUUCUGCAGCAUCUGGUGACAUAAAGUUGUCUAAAGACACACUUGACUGUGUGAGCGACGUGCUGCAGGAGCUGUCCGCUGCGUCGGACAGUUCUGGAGACGAGGAGUCCGACGGAGAGGAAAGUAAGAAGGAGGAAGCCGUAGAUGAAGACGAUGAAGCUGAGAAGGCUAAUCUUCCUCAUUAUGUCAGCAGAUUCAAGGAGCUGAGCAGUCAGCUAGAGUCUCAGGGUAAAGUGGACCCCGCCUCUUUCCAAGCUUUAGUGGCCACAAUGGCCCAGCAGAACCUGGCCUCUGCAGAAAAACCAGACAUAGAGCAGUACCAGAGCCGGCUGAAGGCCUGGGAGGCGGAGAAGAGGCUCCUGAUCCAGAGAGAGAAGGAACAGAGAGAGAAAGCUGAGCAGGAGAAACGAGAGCGAUUAGCCGCCCAGGCUGCAGCUCAAGCUUAAGAGACUAUGCAGAUUAAAUAAAAUGAUGUCCUCACUUUGGGAUUUAAUGUCAACCAUACAAUAAUACUACCAUCUACAUGUUACUCUUGUGUAUAUAUGAGUUGUUUAUGAAUUUUAAAAUAAAUUUGGUUUGACUUUGUCACAGCAGAAUGUGCCUGUUUGGUAACUGAAUGUAAACUAAAGGCAGGAUGCCAAUCUUGAUCCAUUAUGCCCCCUCUUUUUUCCACUUUCCCUCUUCUUUCUGCAUCUGUCUCUGUUGUCCCUUUCUGGGUUUUUUUCCUCUGUAUGGAGGUUUUCUCACAGAGGAGUUUAAAAGUGGUAUUUGUGGAGAAGAAUUGGUUGAUUUUUUUAUUUUUUUUUAUCUCAAGAAAACCAAAUUCUUUGCCUGGAAAGGAAUGCACUUGUAACCAGUAAACGUUUUUUUUUUCAUACAAAGAAAAACAUUGAUUCCCACAAUUUAGAUUGCGAUCUCUCCUGGAAAAGACAGAAAAUUGUUCUGGAUUUAACAAGGCGACAUGAGCGUUCAGCUAAUACACAAACAGAACCGGCCAAACUUAGAUGUUUGGACUCCGUUAGGAGAUAAUAGAUUUCAGGAGAAGAAAAUGACGUGGUGCACACAAUGUGCUCAUUCCGCAUUAUGUUGCCUCUAUUCAGUAUUCAGAGCAUGAUGUUGGGAAAGAGCUGGGUGGUAUGCAGUCCUGGAUGAAUGAGAGGCGCAAAAUACUGAGACAAGAGCUGUUGUGAUUCAAUGAAUCUUUAAUAUGUUUGUGAGAAACAUUUCCUCGUUGCUAGGUUCUUGUUGAGGCAACCUGUAGGUAUUAAAACAUGAAGGUGUUUUAGUUGCUUUUACUUGCCUGGCUGCAGUCACUACAAAAAUCUGACAUCUGAUCUGGAGUAAUUUGAUUUUAAAUUCAGAGCACACUGAUGUCAUUUCUACAAGCAAGGACAUGGUUGCUGUUGGAUGACUGAAACCCAGAAGAACCAAUUUACUGAGUAGAGUGAACAGAAGUGACAUAAAUGAACCAGGAGAUUUUUGUGCGUUUGAUUAUAUAGUUUUUCUUGUGUGAUUUCUUUCAGGUGCUAGUUUUAUCGCAUAAUUGAACAUUUACAACAUCCGGCCAUCAUUUUUGCAAGAGAUAAAAGAGCGAGCUGCAGAUAUUUGGAUUUAUAAUACAGACAUACAGGCUUUAGAUCCUCUAUGUAUCCAGUUAGUUUUUGAGCAUGACGCUUCGUCUCUGUUCACCAAAAUUCACCCACAGGAUUCUGUGCCACGUUGAAUUUAGCCACAUAGCUAAUAUGGGAGGAUUAGCAGGUGUUUCCUGUCGAUAAGGAAACACUAGCAGUGUUCCUUAUUGACUGUCUAUAAGGACAGUUCUAGUGUCAAUAAGGAAACAUUAGAAGUUUCCAGGCAGAUGCUGUUGGUGGAGGUACAGAAACAUUUUAUUCCUGUAUGGAAACUUGACAGAUUGUAAACAAACAUCCUGGUUUGAACUGUGAUUGGAUGGCCAAGAAAGCAAAUGCCAGAAACCUGUUUGGUGAGUGCUAGUGGUUACAUUCACAGUGAAAUUAAAAUGUUUAAACAUUU